AUGGCCCCUCGUCCGCAUGUCCCGGUCGUGACGGAAGACAGCGAUGCGAUUUUCGCCGAGCUUUCCAGUCCGUCUGACAGUCCUCCAUCUGCUCUCGACUCUGAAGUCGCAAGUGCAGAAGACGUCGAGGAGGAUACGAAGGAGGACGACCGGCUGAGCGCCGAGACGCUCCAGAUCCUGGGCUCGCUGCCCCGCGGCGCGUACGUGAAGGACAUGUACCCUAUUCGGACUAUGCGUGCCUUCCUCGAACUCGCCGAGCUGGAGGUCAAGCGCGCAGGCGUCGACACGUGCCGCGACCGGCUCGGCGUGCCGCUCAUCACCGAGUGGGCCAAGACGGGCAAGGCGGCGUGCAGGGCGCCUGAACGGGGGACAGGGACCGAGCUGCGCUCGUCCAUCACGCCCGCCGACUCAGAAGUUACGGGCACGCAAGCGCGACAGGGACGAGACCUGGCCCGACAGGCCAUCAGCACGAGGAGCGAGGAGGAGCGAGACCCGCGCGAGCAGGGGAGCAUCACCUGCCUCAACCCCAAGGACGGGCGCGGCUCCUCCUGGUGGGCGAUGGGGAGCUAUCCCUGCCUCUCGACCGGACUGCAGACGUCGGGCAAUGCGUCUCGCUUCGCGACGCCUUUGGACUGCACCCUCCCCCGCUCAAGGGACAAGUACGCGCUCGCGAAUCUCCUCGACGUCCGCUCGGAGGUACAAUGCAAGGAAUGGGUGAACACGACGACGUUUCUGGUACACCGGCGCGACGAGUGGAAUCCCGACGAAUUCGCAAUCGCGGGAAACCACUACGCGACCCUCUGGGACGGCAUUGGGGCGUACUCACCGCGUAUCCUCGAGCUCGACCCUUAUGCCGACCAGACGUGCUUCCGCCGCCUGAUCCACGGCACAGCGCACAGCGCGCCGAGCAUCCUGACCGUCAUCCCCGUGCAUCGCUUUGCCGGCUGCGCGAGCGCGAUCACAUGGGCGGGGAGUCACUACAUGCGUUAUUUGAUGGGGUACCUACCCCCGGGGCUGCCCCCGGGGCUGCCGAGUCAUUCCUACGCCGUCGACGUACAUGGGAGUGGGAGUGGGAGUGAGGCGGACGGAGGACGAAAGAUCAUCCGAGUCUUGUUCCUGAGCCGACUGAAACUGGACAAAUGGUUCUUCCGCACAAGGCAGUACUCGCACUGGCGCGGGACGCGACAUAUCUACAACGAACCUGCUUUGCUGGACCACCUGGCUUCUGAGUUUGCCGGGAUGUGUUCUGACGGCCGGUGCGACUUUGAGCGGAUAGAUGACGAGCCGGACCGAUGGCUUGCCCCUGCCGCUUCUGUCUCGGAGGAUGACGUCGGCACCGACGCCCCAGUGAUCCGGUUUUCGGUGCUUGACCCCCUCCUUGUCCCGCUCGAGACGCAGGUGGCGUACCUCGCGCACACAGAUGUGGUGAUUGGAGCACACGGCGGCGCGCUCGCGCUCACGCUCUUCACGCCCCCCGGACGCGGGGCCAUGGUCGAGCUCCAGGUCGACGAGAUCUAUGAGCGCAACUACCACUUCAAGAACCUGUGCUACCAGCUCGGAAGGCGGUAUCAGGAGCUCCUGGUUGAGAACACGGUGGAUCCGGGACCCGUCUGGGACGCGGUGAAGGAGCAGGUCGAGCUGUUGCUGUAG